GGGGCGGCCUGGCCUGGCUGGGGACCGCGGCGGGCGCCCGGACCUGGAGGGGACUCUCGGGCCGGUCCGGGGCAGCAUGUGACUCCGACCAGGAUUCAGCCCUGAUGGAGGCUGAGCAGCCUGAACAUGGAGCACCUGCAUCCAUCCCUGCCAUAGAGGAAUCGAAAGCUAUCCCUGAAGCUAUCAUGAGGAGCAGUCAGAUCCCUGCCCUGGAGCCUGAAGCUCAAGAAGGCCAAGACCCAUCCUACAAGUGGGCAGAUGGACACAGACCCCUCAUGGGCCAGCCACAGGAGUUAAGGGACAUGAGUGACCACACACCUGAUAGUAUGGGAUUUUUCUUAAAGGAAGUUUCUUCAGAUGUGGAGACCAACCAGGAAAUCCUUGUGGCUGAGGCCUUCCACACUCCAGACCCGCUGGAAGCAGUGUCCCAGAGCCUUAAAGACAGUCUGUCAAGAACAAUAGCUGUCCCUGAGCUCUUGGCCUGUGCUGUUGGGGAGGAAUGGCUAGACAAAUCCAGCAAACUAGACAGCACAGUGGAGCUAGAAUUGCAGCCAGAACUCAUGUCUUUGACAUUGGCAAUUAGCAAAGCAAAAGAAGAGAAAGAAACCUCUCCAGACCCUUCGAGCCCUAGAGGAUUUUGGCCUCCCUGCAAAAAGCACCCUGGUGAGACAGACCAGUCUGAGGGCCGUGGAAGCGGACUGGUCAGGCAGUGGAAACAGCUGCAGAUGGAGGCCACGCAAGAAGAGCAAGGUCAAGAAGGCCUCCUCCGACCUCAGGAGGCCCAGGGACUCGAGGGGCAGGAAGUCAAAAUUCAGGAGGAAGGAACUCUGAGGGGAGACAUUUGUUCUGAUGGGCUUCCGGGGGCUCGGGAAGACAAAGAGGAGGUUAGUGGCAGUGAGAAAGAACAGGAACGAGUCCAAAACCAUAGAAUGCUUGGAGGACAGAGGGGCAGAAAGGGACUCAGUGGGGAAUUGGAGGCUCUGGAUUACAGUGAGUGGGGUCAAGAGGACAGGGAUAGGAGGGUUCAGGGCCAGAGAGAUUCAGAAGAGGAGGCAUGGGACAGGGAACUAAGAGAGGUGGAAGAGAGGAGGGCAGACUCUCAGUAUGCAGAGAAUCAAAGGUUAGUAGUGAAGUCAGAGAAUGUAAGUGGAAAGCAGGGAGAUAUUGAUGAAACCCGAAAAGUGAUGCCAGGAGAAGGCCAGGAGGAGGCUGAGGACCAGGAGGAGGCUGAGGGCCAGGAGGAGCUUGUAGACUCAGGUGAGGGGGAGCGAGGGAAUGGGGAAGGGGGUGGACAGGCAGCCGCGGAAGGGAGGAGAACAGAUGAGAACAACAAGCAUUGUCCUCCAGUGGAUCUCAUAGCUCCUGAGGCUCUCUCUUCAGGAGCAUUGUUUCCAGACAUCUCUUGCUCUGUGGCCGAUAUUCCUGGGGUUCAGAGGGAACCUGUUCCCAAGGAGCAGAUCCCCCAAGCUCUGACUCCUGUACAGGAGCCAGUAGAAUGGUCUCACCAACCCAUUUCUCCACCUGCCUCUUUUGCUACUGAAGAACCCACUGAUGACAGGACUCACAACAGCCAGCAAGGAGGAUUCAGGCUGAAGAAAGGGACAGCGUCUCUCCAGGGGACCGAGGUUGUCUCUGCUAGUGUAUCUAUGACUCCUCCAAGGACACCGGAUCCAGCUCCUUUCAGUCCCACUGAAGUCUUCCCCAUCACUGCCACCCUGUCACCUGUUAGCCCUCCAGUUGUCCUUCCUCAGAAGGACACCCUAGCAGCCUCUCUCUCGACUGACACUCCACCUCAUUGUGGGGCACUUGAGGCUCCUCCGAUUCCUGCAAAAACUCGCAAGGACCCAUGUGCCACCCCUGACAAGGCCAACGCUCAUAGCCCUCUCGCCAGCUACCCUGGAGCCGCCCAGCAUCUAAGAAGUAACUCGUUCCCAGGCUCUCACAGGACAGAGCAGACUCCAGACACCGUGGGAAAGUCUUUUUCUUUCUCUCAUUCAGAAUUACCACAGAGGCCCCCCAAGCCUGCCAUCUAUGGCUCUCUGAUCCCACGAAGAGACAGAAGAAGUAGGGACGGCAUCGUCUUCUCAGAAUCCUCUGCUGCUUUCUUUGCUUUGAGACAGGACUCCGAAGGACUCACUUCAAAUCCAGAGAGGCCCAGCGAGCCUCAUGGUAGUCCGCUGUGGGGCUCCCCACAGAACUCAGCCUUUGCCGGAGGUUCUCCUGGGAAUGUUUCUUCUCUAUCCACUGUCUCCAUGGAUAUGAGGAAACAUGAAGCCUUGCCCCCUCCUCCCCCAGAAAAGAGACAUAGCUACAGUUCCGUGGUGGAGAGAGAUGGCCAUCUUCAUGUAGUAGCCCCUACAGUGAAGCGAUAUAGUCAUCCUCCUCCCUUGGCCCUAAGUUCAGGGCUACCUGGAUCUCCUAAAGGCUCAUUUCCGCUAGUUCCUGACUCUGUUGUGGCAAGGCAGCACCGCCCUCUGCCAGCCACCCCAGAAAACCCCCACCAUACUCAGACCUCCAUGUCCUCCAGGCUAAGAUACAACAAACCAUUACCCCCAACUCCCGAUGUGCCUGACCUCUGCCAUUCUCCCCUCUCUCCCUCUAGUGUACCAAAGAUGUACAGGCCUCUACCCCCAGUCCCUCCACCCCCAGUCCCUCCAACCCAAGUCCCUCCAUCCCAAGUCCCUCCACCCCAAGUCCCUUCCUCUGAACCACCCCCAUUACCACCAAAAUCCAGGGAGAGAAGCAGGAGUAUCCAGGGGGGAGUUAUACUUUCAGGGGGUCAAGCCAAACCAAGACCCACUGGCCAAGACUGGACAGUCUCUAUACUCUCUGUUGGACGGACCUCUUGGCCCCCGGCUACAGGCAGAUCAACAGAAUCAUUGGUUCCCACCAGUGGGAGUGUUAGUGAAGUGUCCCCUGGCCUGGCUUUCAGCAACAUGAUAAACCUUCUAAAUCCCUCUUCCCCUACCACUCCCUGUAUCCCGGAACUUCAGAGACGUACCAGUAAGGAUGAGUCGGAGCUCACCGAAGAGUCUGAGCCCCCAGUGAGAGGAUCGUUUAGAAGAUCAGUCCCUCAGGAGGGAUGUAAUGACACACAGAGGUCAGCUUUAGGACCAAAAAAGCAGUCAGAAAAACCGAUCCACCAGCAACUGGAGAAGGCAUGCAGCUGGCCCCACAGGCAGGACCCCGCGAGAACAGAGAGUGUCAGUGAGCAGGCCGGGGGCCAGGCCUCCAACAAGCACAAGGGCUGGAACCGGCAAGGCCUGCGGAGACCUUCUCUGUUGCCCGAGAGCUCUGCAGAUUUAAGAAAUCCAAGCAUGGGAAGACCUCCUGGCUCUUCAGAUUCUGUGGUUUUCCGGGAGAAGAAACCGAAGGAGGGGACAGGAGGCUUUUCAAGACGCUGCUCCAAGCUCAUCAACUCCUCCCAGCUACUUUAUCAGGAGUACAGUGAUGUUGUUCUGAACAAGGAGAUUCAGAGCCAACAGCGGCUGAACAGCCUAGCGGAGGCACCUGGACUCUCUUCCCCCCGACAUCGUCGAAAGGCAAUGGUGUCUUCAGACUCCUACCUACAGCGCCUCUCCAUGGCCUCCAGUGGCUCCCUCUGGCAGGAAAUCCCUAUGGUGCGCAACAGCACAGUGCUGCUCUCCAUGACCCAUGAAGAUCAAAAACUGCAAGAGGCCAAAUUUGAGCUGAUCGUGUCAGAGGCGUCUUACCUUCGCAGUCUAAACAUAGCUGUGGAUCAUUUCCAACAUUCAGCUCAACUUCGCGCCACCCUGUCCACCCAGGAUCACCAGUGGCUCUUCUCCCGUCUACAGGAUGUGCGAGAUGUCAGCACCACGUUCCUUUCCGACCUAGAAGAAAACUUCGAGAACAACAUCUUCUCCUUCCAAGUGUGUGAUGUUGUCUUGAAUCAUGCCCCAGAGUUCCGCCGAGUCUACCUGCCUUAUGUCACCAACCAGACCUAUCAGGAACGCACCUUCCAAAGCCUAAUGAAUAGCAACAGCAGUUUCCGAGAGGUCUUGGAGAAGCUGGAGAGUGACCCCAUCUGCCAACGCCUGUCUCUCAAGUCCUUUCUGAUACUGCCCUUCCAGCGUAUCACCCGUCUUAAGUUGCUACUCCAGAACAUUCUGAAGAGAACCCAGCCUGGCUCCUCAGAAGAGGCAGAGGCCACAAAGGCACACCAUGCCCUGGAGAAGCUGAUCCGAGACUGCAACAACAACGUCCAGAGGAUGCGGCGGACAGAGGAGCUCAUCUACCUGAGCCAGAAGAUUGAGUUUGAGUGCAAAAUUUUCCCACUUAUUUCCCAAUCUCGAUGGCUGGUGAAGAGUGGGGAGCUGACAGCCCUUGAGUUCAGUGCUUCCCCAGGGCUGAGGAGGAAACUGACCACUCGUCCUGUCCAUCUGCAUCUCUUCAAUGACUGUCUUUUGCUGUCCCGACCCCGAGAAGGCAGCCGGUUCCUGGUAUUUGACCAUGCUCCAUUCUCCUCCAUUCGAGGGGAAAAGUGUGAAAUGAAGCUGCAUGGACCUCACAAGAACCUCUUCCGUCUGUUCCUGCUGCACAACACACAGGGCACCCAAGCAGAGUUCCUCUUCCGCACUGAGACUCAAAGUGAAAAGCUUCGAUGGAUCUCAGCCUUGGCCAUGCCCAGAGAGGAGUUGGACCUGCUUGAGUGCUAUGAUUCCCCACAGGUUCAGUGUCUCCGCGCCUACAAGCCCCGAGAGAAUGAUGAGUUGGCACUAGAGAAGGCGGAUGUGGUGAUGGUGACUCAGCAGAGCAGCGAUGGCUGGCUGGAGGGUGUGAGACUCUCAGAUGGGGAGCAAGGCUGGUUCCCCGUCCAACAAGUAGAGUUUAUUUCCAAUUCAGAAGUCCGUGCACAGAACCUCAAAGAGGCCCAUCGAGUCAAGACUGCCAAACUGCAGCUGGUACAACAGCAAGUCUAACUGUUCUUGGGAAAGAGUCUUCUGAGAUCAUGAACAAGCAUUCCUGGAAAUGGCUGGCCCCAGGGACCUGCUACAGAGGCCGUCUGUGGACCAGGAACUCAGCCUUCUGAAAGCCCAAGGACUGACUCAGUCCCUUGCUCCAGUACUUCUUUCAUUUUGUGCUUGGUGGGGAAUAUUGAGUGACUUCACACUGGAUUCUGGGAUCCUUUUUUUGAAUGAAAAGGGACUGUGGGGCCUGAGCCUAGGCAGUGUACUUCCCACUACCAGAUGGUGCUUGUACAUCAUCUGCUGCUACAGUGCAGAUUCAGAGCUGGCCAGAUGUGAGGUUGUGGACAAAUGUUACCAGAUGGACCUCAGCCCACUGGAGAGUGGGGUUGAACGGGGAUUAGCACAUCAGGUGGGGAGGUGGACCUGCUGACCUCUAGGGUAUCUUCGGAUCUAGAGAUUCUCCUCAGUGCAUGCGCCCCUGAGGUCUUUGUUUCUUGGUGGCAAUGUGAGGGUGGCAUUCUCUCACUCUAAUAAACUUGGCACUUCUCUGAGUGUUUUCUUCUCAGACCACUCCGCACUCACUGAACAAGAUUCACAAUGCAGAAUCCUUUAAGAACUCCAGCCUAUGUGAUGUGU